UCCUCCAUCUCUGGACGGCUCAGGUUGUCCAAACUCCAACUAGAAAGCCGUUAAAAUUUCCGCCGAUCUCUUCUUCUUUGCAUCACCUCACAUUUUCUCUCUUUCUUUGCUUCACUUCUCUCCUACUUUGCCAAUUUCCAGCAAAUUCCUCUUUUGUUCAAACCUACGCUUAAACCCUAGAUUUAUCUCUCUUUUACGGGGAAAAGGGGGAAAUUAUAGGGCCACAAACUAUGAACAAUUUCAUCCCACAAGCUGUAACAUCGUCGUCGACGUCGCGAACUUCACCGGCUACGGCGGCUGGAGGAUCUCCCACGAGUGCAUUGUCCUUCAUCUCUAAGGGGUGGAGGGAGGUGAGAGACUCUGCCGAUGCUGAUAUUCGAUUGAUGAGAGAUAGGGCCAAUUCCUUUAAGAAUUUGGCAUCUUCGUUAGACAGGGAGCUGGAGAAUUUUAUCAAUUCCGCUUCGUCGUUUUCGGCUAUUAAAUCGUAUUCGGCGAGUCCUUCCACGGAAAUCGAUUUUGUGAAGAAGCUGCAGCCGAAGUUGUCGGAGUUUCGGAGGGCUUACUCGUCGCCGGAUUUCAGCCGGAGGGUUCUGGAGAAGUGGAGCCGGCCCACGACAUCGAGGAUUCGUAUUGAUUUGUCCGCGAUAAAGAACGCGAUUGUGGAGGAGGCGGAGGUUGAUGGAGGACAAAGAGUAGGACAAAGUGGGAGGGGGAGGGUUAGGUUUACGGAUUUUAGGUGGGAUUGGAAGACAGAGGGAGAAGAAGGGGAGGAGAAAUUUCGGGAUUGGGAGCCAAUUAGGGCUCUGAAGACUAAAUUGAAAGAUUUUGAGGUGAAGAAAUCGCCUGAUGAGAUUUUUAGCUCAUGGAGGAACAAUGAGCUCGUCGAGAAAUUCAAGUCUAGCUUGAAAGCAUUCCGGUGGGAGACUCAGGAUUCAAAGGAUGUACCGCCAUUAGAUGUACCUGAACUCCUGGCAUAUUUUGUUAGGCAGUCUGAACCCUUUUUGGAUCAACUUGGUGUUAGGAAAGAUAUAUGUGACAAGAUAGUGGAGGGUUUGUGUAGCAAACGCAAGAACCAGCUUCUCAUGCACUCCUUAUCAGGUGGGGAAUCCUCUGUGAUUGAGGGUGAUAACAUCAAUGAUGAACUUGAUUUAAGGAUAGCCAGUGUCCUUCAGAGUACAGGCCAUCAUUAUGAUGGUGGUUUUUGGUCAGACUUAGUGAAGCAUAGCCCACCUGAGAAGAAAAGACAUGUUGCCAUUGUCACCACUGCUAGCCUUCCUUGGAUGACGGGAACAGCAGUAAAUCCGUUGUUUCGUGCAGCAUACUUAGCUAAAUCUGAAAAGCAGAAAGUAACUCUAUUGGUUCCAUGGCUUUGCAUGUCUGAUCAAGAACUAGUGUACCCGAACAAGCUCACAUUCAAUUCACCAGAAGAACAGGAGCACUAUAUACGAAACUGGCUGGAGGAAAGGAUUGGUUUCAAGACUGAUUUCAAAAUAUCUUUUUACCCCGGAAAGUUUUCUAAAGAAAGGCGGAGCAUACUUCCAACUGGAGAUACUUCUCAAUUCAUCUCUUCAAAGGAAGCUGACAUUGCUAUCCUUGAAGAACCAGAGCAUUUGAACUGGUAUCAUCAUGGUAGAAGAUGGACUGAUAAAUUCAACCAUGUUGUUGGUGUCGUACACACAAAUUAUCUGGAAUACAUAAAGAGAGAGAAGAAUGGGGCGGUACAAGCUUUCUUUGUGAAGCAUGUUAAUAAUCUUGUUGCAAGAGCCCAUUGUCACAAGGUUGUCCGACUUUCAGCUGCCACUCAGGAUCUUCCCAAGUCUAUCAUAUGUAAUGUCCAUGGUGUUAAUCCUAAAUUUCUAGAAAUUGGAGAGAAGUUGGCUAGUGAAAGGGCUGCUGGUCAGCAAGCCUUUUCCAAGGGAGCAUAUUUCUUGGGCAAGAUGGUUUGGGCUAAGGGAUACCGAGAACUAUUAGAUCUCUUGUCAAAGCACAAAACUGAGCUGAGCAGCCUUAAAUUGGAUGUCUUUGGUAACGGAGAGGAUUCACAUGAGGUCCAGAGUACCGCACAAAAAUUGAAACUCGACCUGAAUUUCCAAAAAGGAAGAGACCAUGCCGAUGAUUCCCUGCAUGGAUACAAAGUUUUCAUAAACCCUAGUGUCAGUGAUGUGCUUUGUACAGCCACAGCUGAAGCACUCGCAAUGGGGAAGUUUGUAGUUUGCGCAGACCACCCGUCAAAUGAGUUCUUCAGUUCAUUUCCUAACUGUUUGACUUACAAGACAUCUGACGACUUUGUUGUCAAGGUGAAGGAAGCAAUGGCCAAGGAGCCUGAGCCACUUACCCCAGAGCAAAGAUACCGACUUUCAUGGGAAGCAGCUACUGAAAGAUUUAUGGAACAUUCUGAUCUUGAUAAAAUCCUGGGAAUGGAUCUAAGAAAUCUGAAAUCCAACAAAAGUGUGACAAAAUCAGUUUCAAUGCCAAAUUUAUCUGAUAUGGUUGAUGGAGGGCUAGCAUUUGCUCACUUUUGUUUCACGGGGAGCGAGCUCUUUAGGCUUGCCACUGGAGCAAUUCCUGGCUCUCGCAAUUACGAUAAACAGCAUAGCAAGGACCUGAAUCUGUUGCCUCCACAAGUAGAGGACCCAAUUUAUCAUUGGUGAAGAAUUUAGCUCUAAUAUUUUGUGCAUACUGUAUAGUAGGCUAUUUGAUUAGCUCUUAGAGCUCCCCUAAGGGCUAACCGGCUAAGGCUUGUGGGUGGUUCGUUAUAAUUACGGGUUGCCAUCCAUGAAGUCUCUGCUCUAGCCUUGGGAAUGUAGUAUAGGAGAAUCUGAUAUUAGUAUAUACGAGUAUGUAUUCUUGACUGUGCUGUAAGAAAUAACGUAGAAAAUAUGCUCAAAAUUAGAAGCCUUUUAGUUUACCUUGAUGGCUUAAUUAUUGUUUUGGUUGUAAUUCUCCUAUAAUUCGGUUAAAUAAUCUAAUUAACUUAGAAAUAAAGUCCUCUUCAUUAUUUCUUUUUUGAA